AAUAUAUCAACCGGAAGUGAUAUUACCGAUUGAGGCUGGUGUCUCGUUUCGCAGGUGCACCUGAAAGGAUGCUACGGUAGUUGUGGAUAUCUUUAUCGCUCUCUGCCAAAACAUCCUCGUAUAGAAGUUCUCUGCCAAUGGACUGACACCCGAGUGCUAAGAUGCUACUGAAAGACAUCCCACGGGAGGCUCUUAUGAGGCCCCUAUCCCGAAAUGAAGUAGUGGGAAUGUUAUUGAGGCUAACCAUCUUCGGAGCUGCCACCUAUUAUAGCAUCAAAUGGGUGGUAGAAGUAAUGGACCCUACACACAAACAGAAGAUUCAGGCCAAAAAGAGGGCAGAGCAGCUGAUGAAGCAGAUUGGUGUCGAGGGAGUCAAGCUCACAGAGUAUGAGAUGAACAUCGCUUCUCACCUGGUCGAUCCACGUAGCCUGAAGGUGUCCUGGAGAGACAUAGCAGGGCUGGAUGAGGUCAUCUAUGAACUGCAGGACACAGUCAUCCUACCUUUCCAGAAGAGACACCUGCUGGCUGGAUCCAAACUCUUCCAGCCUCCCAAAGGUGUCUUGUUGUUCGGGCCACCUGGAUGCGGGAAGACCCUCAUCGCUAAGGCGACCGCCAAAGCAUCCGGGUGCCAGUUCAUCAACCUGCAGGCGUCCACACUGACAGACAAGUGGUACGGCGAAUCCCAGAAGCUCACUGCCGCCGUCUUCUCAUUGGCUGUUAAGAUCCAGCCUUGCAUCGUCUUCAUUGAUGAAAUCGAUUCCUUCCUGCGAAACCGCUCCAGCCUGGACCAUGAGGCCACAGCCAUGAUGAAGGCCCAGUUCAUGAGCCUGUGGGACGGGCUGGACACGAGCGCAACCAGCCAGGUGAUGGUGAUGGGAGCUACUAACAGACCUCAGGAUCUGGAUCCAGCCAUCCUGCGCAGAAUGCCAACCACCUUUCACGUGGGCCUGCCAAGCGCACGACAGAGGCAGGAGAUUCUGAAGCUGAUCCUAGAUGGAGAGAAUCUGAGCAAUGCUAUUAAUCUGAAGGAGAUAGCGGAGAAGACGGAGGGCUACUCCGGCAGCGACCUCCGGGAGCUGUGUCGGGACGCGGCCAUGUACCGCGUCCGAGACUACGUCCGCAAGCAGCAGAUGAAGCAGAUAGCCCAGCAGCUCCAGGAGGAGGACGAGGAGGACAAGUCUCUUGUAGAGGAGCGACUGAGGCCAGUGACCCAGCUGGACUUGCUGUUUGGCCUGGACAAGAUGAAGGAGUCCAAGAAGGCCACCAUGCCCCAGAGAUGUCUGGGGGAGGUCCCUCUGGACUAGCCCCCCUCCGGCCUGCCCCCUUACGCAUCCUUGUUUUCUUGUCGGUGGCCCUGGCCCUCCUGUAUGCAGUGGCCCUGUCCCCCUGUAUGCAGUGUCCCUGGCCCCCCUGUAUGCAGUGGUCCUGGCCCCCCUGUAUGCAGUGGCCCUGGCCCCCCUGUAUGCAGUGUCCCUGGCCCCCCUGUAUGCAGUGGCCCUGGCCCCCCUGUAUGCAGUGGCCCUGCCCCCCCUGUAUGCAGUGGCCCUGGCCCCCCUGUAUGUUGUCCCCUCCACACUCAGAUCACUGUUCCAGAUGAGGCCAGGAUUCUUGCUAUUUAUUUUUAUUUUUUAUUAUCUCAUACCAGUGCACUUGAGACAUUCAAUUCAUGUUUUACUGUCUGGGUACAGUUUAUAAACACAACUAAUGCUGCUCUACAUGUACACACACAAAAUCUUACACAAGGCCAUAGGUUUGGGUUGAACAUGAGUGAGGACAAAACAUCUGUAUCAGCCUAUGCUAACAUUAUCCCUACUCUGCCACUGAUUGGUGGGGAUGUUUCAAUUGUCUCUUGGCAUUGAUAGGGACAUGUUCCAAUUGUCCUUCCCUAAACCUAUGCUCACACACACACCAUGUCACAGCGCACUUGAAGACCUUAAAGGUCAAUAUCGUGACUGACAGCUAAGCUGUCCACACAUGGAUAGACUUUGUGAGAAGGGGGACAUGCUGUCUGGAUGUCUUCACAGUCCCCAAACAUGCAGCAAAAUUAUUGUUAUUCAGACAAACUAGGACGCACAAAUACGCAAAUGGAUGUUUUAAUCAUGCAUUCCUUGUGGUAAGAAAGAACAAGGAAUAUUUAUGGACACCGUUAUUUUUCUUAUUAGAGAAAUGAUCACCAGCGUUGAGUUGUCUGCAUGUCUGUGUGUUAUUGAAUGCGAAAAAAUAAAUUAUUUAAUGUUGCGUCAGUUCAUAUAAUAAUGCACUUGACCAAAGUAUCAGGUUUACUGACAUACACAUACUGGAUAUGUUUGCAUUUAUAUUUUUCAGUUUUGUUUAUCAUGUUGGACUUGACUUGUGUGGUGUAUUGUAGGUGAAUUAUUUAAGUGACAUUGUUAUGCGUGUGCCAUGGCUGUUAGUAUUUGAUGACAUUUAACAUAAAAAUGAUAUUUGACAUCUUCA